AUCCGCCUCAGCAACGCCAUCAUCUGUUACACUCGGCGACAGGAGCAGCCUGAACCGUCAGGGCCAAUGUUGUUAUUUUCAUAAUUCACCGAGAUUUUAUUAAUAGAAGAAGCCGUCUGCAAAUGACCUAUUUUCGAUUCUCUCUUUGCGGUGAAACACAAACACACUUCAGGCGACCCCUCUCGUGGCAAAGGAGCAAAUCAUAGAUGUUUUCACCCCAUCUUUAAUUGAAUGGAAUGCGAAUACUCCACUGUGGUAGCCCAGUGCUUGCCUUGAAUAUAGAUAAUGGGCUGUGUGCAAUGUAAGGACAAAGAGGCAACCAAACUCACAGACGACAGAGAAACUAGCGUCUCGCAGCAUGCGGGAUAUCGAUAUGGGUCUGAUCCGACUCCUCAGCACUACCCCAGCUUUGGAGUCACCGCUAUUCCCAACUACAACAACUUCCAUGCGCCUGUCAGUCAGGGGGUGACCGUGUUUGGUGGCGUGAACUCUUCGUCGCACUCGGGAACGCUACGAUCCCGGGGAGGAACAGGAGUCACACUCUUUGUAGCACUUUAUGAUUAUGAGGCAAGGUCAGAGGAUGACCUGAGCUUCAGGAAAGGGGAAAAGUUCCAGAUUUUAAAUAGCACGGAAGGAGACUGGUGGGAGGCACGCUCUCUCACUACAGGUGGAACAGGAUACAUACCUAGUAAUUAUGUGGCUCCAGUCGACUCCAUACAGGCAGAAGAUUGGUACUUUGGAAAACUAGGCCGUAAAGAUGCAGAACGGCAACUGCUGUCAAAUGGAAAUCCCAGAGGCACUUUCCUUAUAAGGGAGAGUGAGACCACGAAAGGAGCGUAUUCAUUGUCCAUACAGGACUGGGAUGAAACUAAAGGAGACCAUGUGAAGCACUACAAAAUACGCAAGCUGGACAAUGGAGGAUAUUACAUCACCACUAGAGCUCAGUUUGAAACUCUUCAGCAGCUUGUGCACCAUUAUUCUGCCCGGGCUGCAGGACUUUGUUGCCGUUUAAUAGUCCCGUGCCAUAAAGGCAUGCCCCGCCUCGCAGACCUGUCCGUCAAAACCAAAGAUGUAUGGGAAAUCCCACGGGAGUCACUUCAGCUCAUCAAACGAUUGGGGAAUGGACAGUUCGGAGAGGUCUGGAUGGGCACUUGGAACGGCAACACUAAAGUGGCAGUGAAGACCUUGAAACCAGGCACAAUGUCCCCAGAGUCAUUCCUGGAGGAGGCUCAGAUAAUGAAGAAACUGAGGCAUGACAAGCUGGUGCAGCUGUAUGCGGUCGUCUCUGAAGAACCCAUCUACAUUGUGACAGAAUAUAUGAGCAAAGGUAGUCUGUUAGAUUUCCUGAAGGAUGGUGAAGGACGUGGGCUUAAAUUGCCAAAUUUAGUGGACAUGGCUGCUCAGGUUGCUGCUGGCAUGGCUUACAUCGAAAGGAUGAACUACAUCCACAGAGAUCUGCGGUCUGCCAAUAUACUUGUCGGUGACAGCUUAGUGUGCAAGAUUGCAGAUUUUGGACUGGCCAGACUAAUAGAAGACAAUGAAUACACAGCACGACAAGGUGCCAAGUUCCCAAUAAAGUGGACGGCUCCAGAGGCAGCGCUCUAUGGACGGUUUACUAUCAAGUCAGACGUGUGGUCAUUUGGAAUACUACUCACUGAGCUGGUCACCAAAGGACGCGUGCCCUAUCCAGGCAUGAACAACCGGGAAGUCUUGGAGCAAGUGGAGCGUGGUUACAGGAUGCCUUGCCCUCAGGACUGUCCCAGCUCCCUGCAUGAGCUCAUGCUCCAGUGCUGGAAGAGGGACCCAGAAGAGCGGCCCACCUUUGAGUAUCUGCAAGCCUUCCUGGAGGAUUACUUCACUGCCACUGAACCACAAUACCAACCCGGGGACAACCUCUAAACACAGAGCCCCAGUGUAGAGUGCCACAACAGACUGCCCUUCAAAAAAAAAAGACUGAGCGUUUGAUGAGUAAAGCUUCCAGGUUUUGUGCCAUCUCGACCCAAUCCAUCUUCCAUUGACGAAAAAAAAAACAAAACGGACAUGCGAUCGCAUUUUAUCUGUCAGUAAAGCCAAAAAUAGUAUUCCGGGGAGACGUCCAUCACGAUUAAUGAUAAGAAAGGCUUGUUUGUAUGUAGUGUAAAUAGUGUGUUUAGUUUUCCCUUGUAUUUGGCUUGUUUUAUUACUUUUUAUAAUGCUGUUUUGCGUUCUUAUCCAGGCCGAGGAAGAAAAAAAAAGUCGACGCUGUGAGGGAAGUACGACCAACAGAUCAACCGUUUUAAUAUUACCAACGAUUCUGGACAUCCUUGACACUUCCAGUAGGACGUUGACCAGCCUCUUUUAACCCUUAAAUGAAUUCUGUCAAUUGUAUAUUGAAUUAACUGUACAUGUCAACAACAACAAAAGACAUACAGCAGUGCAUAGGUAGCAUUUCUGACACAUUAUUGUGGGUUUUCACAGAAGGUAAUGACGUCCGCACUGGUUUUAGUGAGUUUGCUGGGCCUGAUUAUUUUGCACCCGCUCAGUGUGUCUCUCUUUUCGUUUUCUGCUUCUUAGGACGAGUGCAUUUUCUAUUUAGUCACUUUGGAUUAACGAUAGAGCAAUGUAUGUAUCAGAAUAGUACGAGACCAAGUGGGCAUUAUGCUUGACCAUAACUGCAUCUUUCCUGCAAAUAAGAUAAAAUGACUGCUAACAUACCUUACUGUUGUGAGAGAAAAUAAAAAGUCCAUUCAGUGUAUCUCACAAUAUCAUGCAUUAUAAAAUAACACGACUAAACUCAUAGAGAAAUAUUAUCAAAUUGUAGAACUUCACUCAAGAUAACUCUCAUCGCUGGGCUGCCUUGUUUUUUUUGCCCCUCGUUUUCUCUUUUACGAUAAAACGACAUGUCUGAAUAUUCAUUAUUGGGUGAUUCUUUGCUUUUGUUUGUCGCGUUAAGGAAUCGACAGACCUCUCUGUGAACAUACGUCAUUGCGACGGUAUCGGCAUGAGCCAUAUUUCAAGAGUGGUCGUUCAGCUACUCUUUACAUCUUCGUUGUUGAUUUCAGUCAAUAUUUUGGAUAGGAUAAGGGGUUUUAACCGAAGCCUGCUUUUAUUUGGGCCUAUCGUUUAAAUGAUGUGCUGCAUUUGUGUUCCAAUCCAACCUCAUAAUUUUUCACAUUUAUUUUUGUACCAUCUAUGUUUGAAUUAAUUCAUAAAUAUUGUGUUUAUUUAAUUGCUUCCUUUCGUUUAUGCACAAAAACAUUUUUA